AAUGCCGUAAAUUUCACGACGGCUGACGUAAACUGAGGUGACAUCUCAAUUUACGGCAAUGUUUUAGGUGCAAAUGCCAAAGGAAAAUUCAUCCGAGACUUCUGACAAAGUAAAUUACCGCAAGGCAAUCCCUGGUGUCAUCUUUUCAGGUUAUGGCACGUGUUGGGUGCUCGCUCGAUAUGAAUAUGAGACAACCAAACAUCCUGUUAACAGGUCACCAGGAAAAGCCAAGCCGAAGCAAUUGAUUGACGAGUCCGUCAUCUGCAUCCAAAGGACCCCUGGUGUUGGAAAAACAACCCUGGGGAAGGAGCUAGCUCAGCGGACCGGGCUCACCUAUGUUAAUAUAGGUGAGCUGGCUCAGGAAGGAGAUCUUUAUGAUGGGUAUGAUCAAGAGUACCAGUGCCCUAUAUUGGAUGAAGACAGGGUAGUGGAUGAGCUAGAUGAGAAGAUGACGCAUGGAGGUGUGAUUGUAGACUAUCAUGGCUGUGACCUCUUCCCCGAACGCUGGUUUCACAUUGUCUUUGUCCUCAGAACAGACAAUACUCAGCUCUACACACGGCUGGAAAGCAGGGGCUACACAGGAAAGAAGUUGCAGGACAAUGUGCAGUGUGAAAUCUUUCAGACCAUCUAUGAGGAGGCAAUUGAGGCCUACAAAGAGGAGCUUGUCCACCAGCUACCCAGCAACACUCCUGAGGACCUGGAAAGCAACUUGGAGCAGAUAGUGCAGUGGACAAAGCAGUGGAUAAAAGACCACAAUUAGAGUGGAAAAGUGCAACCUUGGAUGACUGGCUGUCAGAUAAAAUAUGUUUGAACAAAAUAAUUUGUGCCCAUUUUCAACCUGUACCCUUUCUUUUUUUU